AUGGAGAAUGAUUCUAACCAAAAUGUGGCUCAUCCGCUAGAUAGUCCAACUCAUUCACAGAAUAUCGCAAAUGUAAAAACACAGAAUAGAAAUUCCACUCUUCAAUGCAGCGCUGAAAGAGAAUCACGAAAAAGUGACGAAGAUUGCAUAUAUGAUGAUGUGGAUAAUAUAUUUUUCGAGAAUGUCGCAGAAUAUACGAAUGAUCCAUUGAAACUAAUUAAAAAACUAAAGGAAAAAUACAGGAAUGAAUUUAAGGAUUGGAAAUGUCUCCAUACGAGUCAUGCGGAGCAUGGUGAUUUGGUUCGGAUGCGUGGGAUGAUUCUUAAUGGGGUGCAAACAUUAUUCGCAUUGAAUUCAGUAAUUACGGAAGAAGAAGAUGGUAGUACUCGAACAGUUUGUGGAAUUUUAAGAAGUCACAUCAACUGCUCAAAUAUCAAAGAAACGAAAGGUAUGACUCGUCGAAACGCUUACAUUUUGGUACCAGAAAGAGGAGUGACAGAUUGGUACUUAGACACUUUCAACGGCAAAAACAAUCAAACAUCCUGUGAAGCAUUUCUCAAAAAUAAUGAAUCGCGAACUUAUGCUCUGUUCUAUGACGAGGAAAGUGAAGAUUUCAAACCAAAUGUUGUGUUUGAUUUGUAUGGCAUUUUGGACUUAACUGAAAUAACAAAUGAAGAUGAUGACGAUACAAAAAGUUCAGUAAGCAUGAUGUCAUUACAUGUUAUUCAUUACAAACCAGUUGAAUAUCACGAUAUUGUUUCAUUAGCUCAUCCGGAGGUACUAAAGUAUAAAAAUAUGCAAGGAUUUGAAUCACUGAUUUAUGCUUUCGAACAACUUUUCGGAAGUAAAGUUAUUGCGCAAUCUCUAGUAUGUCACUUGUUCAUUUCACGGUACUCUCAACCAUCUGGAUCGAUGGAAUAUACCUUUCCAUAUACGAUGAAAAGGGUAUUUAACAGCAAAUUGUUAAUUGAAAUGAUCAAGCUUUUUAUGCCAAAAGUUCAUGUCAUCGAGGUGAUGGAGAAAACAAUGGAAAAAUCGUGGGCAUCGUACGAGAGACCUCAGAGUGGUUUUGAACAAGGUUUGCUACAAGUAUCCGACAAUACUUUAAUCAUUAUCGACGAAACCAACUUAUCAGCAGGAAACUUCUUAUUCACUAAAAAAGGACGUGAAAAUUGUCAUUUGAUCAAAAAGUUCUUGUCUACUCGAAAAAUACCAUUCAUUUAUCCAUAUCAAACAGUUGAAAUAGAAUCCAACGCAAACGUAAUUGUUUUGAGCGGCGAAAAAUGUUUCCUUGGCCAGGAAGAAUUUGCAAUGAUUAUGCCUAAAUCUUAUCUAAAAGAUGUGGAUUUCGUGCGAAAAUUUGCUGCAACACAUGAAAAUGAACUUCAUAUUUGUCGCCAUGCACUUUUGUCUUGUUCCAAAAACUUUUGCGACGUCAGUAUUUGUAAAAUUGUAGAAGAAAUGGCAGUUGAAAGUUUUUUAAGUAUGCAACGCAUGUGUAGAAACGCGGAUGAUAACUCAGCCAGAUUACACCGACAGCUAAUACUCUCCAAGUUGUUAACAUCACUAAACGGUGAGAAAAUCGUUGCUGAGGAUUAUUGGGCGAAAGCUGUAGAGCUUGAAAAUGAAUUACGAAUUACUAAUGGAAGUCCGUUUCGCUGA